UCGUGACCCCAUCUCAUGAAAACAAGGUCAUUCAACCCUGCCCUUGAUGACUCGCUUGACUGCACUCUGGCUGGUUUUGCACAUUUUGUCAAAAAAAGAGACAAGGUUUCAGGAAAUUCGUCCUACACAAUCAGUGAAAAGCAAACUUGUUUUAAAAUGUCCAUGUCUAAACAGACGCAGUGUUCUUUUCUCCGCGAUUAUGUAAAGUACACGAGCUAUACAGAGGGUCGAGACAAAAUUUAUAGGACAAUUCAGUAUGCAUCCAGGUUUGUGCUAUGGUAUCUUUCAAGGCAUGGAUCACAGUCAUCGUUUCAGCAGAAGGUCAAAAAUCUUGAGAGUGCAAUUACCACAUCGAGAAAAUUAUUCAGAAUGGCGAGGUGCAUUGAUUUUGCUUUGAAAGCAGUAGAUGCUUUGCGUACCACAGAUGAAAAGCUGAUGAUAUUCAGCCUGAUCGGAAGCAUUGGCAAAGCCGGUUGGCUAGUCCUUGACCAUGCCAUAUGGUUUGGACAAAUCAAAGUGUUUACGGUUGAAAGUCAAAGGUGGGCCAAGAUCUCCUACUGGCUGUGGUUGAUUGGUGUUACCGCUCUCGCUCUUCGAGAUCUCCGCAAAAUCUCAUUGCUCACGGCUCAGGCAAAGAGGCUUAAAAGUGAUGGUGAAAAGGGAGAGAAAAUUGCCCUUAAAGCCGAAAUCGAAAAAGCAAGGCUUGAAUUUCUGAUAGACUUCUCAGAUGCUUUUAUUCCUCUUUCAGCUCUGGACUUCUGCAGCAAAGGUAUUGGUGCGUUGGGCGGCGUUGUUGCUUCUGUCGCAGGCGGUUACAUUGCCUACGAGAAGAAUGUUCUUGCCAAUAGAUAAAGAAAUAAUUAUCACUUUUAAUUGGUUAUGAGUAAGUUUUAGUUCGAGACGAGUAAUCUGAGAUGAAUUGCCAUCGCUGUGAGGCAUUUAAGCAUGCUUAAUUGUAUUCAUAUUUGGAUGUCAUUGACUUUUGUAAUCACAGAUCUGGUGAAGGUAACAUAUUGAUUCAAUUAUAAUAGCAUGCUAGCUAUAAAUGUGACGCACUGUAUGUCAUAAUGUUAACGUACAGUCCCAGAAUAGUCAUCGUCUCAAACGGAAACUUGCUGUCAAAUUAUUAAAAUCCUGUCGGGUACUACUGUGUUGUAUUCAGGGAUACAGUGGACCCACCCCUGGUCUGUGCUAGCCUGAGAUUUUCAAGAUUAAAAAUGUAAAAAAUAUUCUGGGAUUAUUUUCUCAAUAACACAAAUUUAUUUAAGUUAUUAUUAUUUUAUCCAAAUAUGUACAGACCUGAAUUGCUCUUAUUCAAUCAUAAAAUUAUUAAAAUUAAUAUUGGUUUUAAACUAAUUUUUUUAAUAGGCGGGCUUGAAUUUGUGAACAAUAUACAGAUUUUGUUAAUAAUGUAGGAAUACAAGCUGUACUAAUGCAUGUGUAGAUUUUAUAUUGAAGCACUGUAAAAAAUUGAAAAAUACACUUAGGAGGAUGUAUAAAUGAUUGAAUGUAUUAUGAAUGUUAAUGGAGUGGGACAAGAAUUGGUGGUUUUAUACUUGGCUGGCAUGAGUGCUUUUCUCAUAGAGACGGUCGAAUAAUAAAUUUAUUGAUUGUACUCUGGAUAAAUUAAAUUGGUUUAAAACCAUAAA